AUGGCUCACCGGGAAAGGAGAAUCAUUAGCCUUGAAAUAUCCAAAUCUCCUCUUGAAAUCGACCGGGUUCAAGGCGGUGGCGACAACCUUAAUCAAGACCUCAUCGUCCUUCACCUCCGGAAUCUAGGUUCUGCCCGUCGCAUAGCGGCGACGGCUCUGGGACGACGUGCUGGAGCCGACGGAGGCCGCGCAGGAGAGGGGCACCGACUGCUGAUUGGGUCUCGCUCGACAGCGCCUUUGUUGUUGGCGAGGAGGGCGUGGAUCUGGUCGUCGGAGGGCUUGAGGCCGAGAGACCAGAGGAGUGUGGCGAGCUCGAGCUGGGUUGAUAUUUUCGCCACUCUGGUUAUUCCACGCGGUCGUGGCAAGAGGCAGAUUCUCGUUGCCUGCCCCAUCUAUGCCUCAUGGCCGAUAUCUGUAAAUUUGAAGAUUGUAUUUUUGCCUCUGAUUGCACUAGAAAUUGCAAUUCUGGUUGAUAACAUUAGGAUGUGUAGGGCUCUUAUGCCUGGAGAAGAAGAAAAUAUUACUGACGAAGCAAUAUGGGAAACUCUUCCUCAUUUCUGGGUCUCAAUUUCGAUGGUCUUUUUCAUUGCUGCAACAACAUUUACGCUUCUGAAGCUAUGCGGUGACGUAGCCGCUCUUGGUUGGUGGGAUCUAUUCAUCAAUUAUGGUGUUGCUGAGUGCUUUGCCUUUCUCAUUUGUACAAAGUGGUACAAUCCUGCAAUUCAUAGACGCCCGCAUCUAACAGCGGCAUCGUCAUCUUCAAUGAGUUUCAGACACCUUAGCUGGAAUAAUGGCUUCUUGGUAUCUACAACAGAAGAUCAUCAAGAUAAUAGAAUAUGUAGCUUGCACGACAUUGGGGGCCAUGUCAUGAAGAUCCCAUUUGUCGGUUUUCAGGUCAUGCUCUUCAUGUAUUUGGAGGGAACUCCGCCAGGUGCGAAAUAUAUUCCGAUUCCACUUUUGUUUUCUCCUCUUUUGCUGCUGCAAGGAGCCGGGUUCUUGUUUGCAAUAUACAGGCUUUGCGAGAAAAUCAACCUCUUACUGCAUGAUGAUGUUGAUACCGGAAGCACUUUUAGACUACCUGCAUCCACUUAUGAUUAUAUGGGGUUUUUGCGUCGUGGAUCGAGGUUAAAAACUGAAAAAAUCCUGUGCCGAGUAUGCUUUGACGAGCACAUAAAUGUAGUUUUGCUGCCUUGUAGGCAUUAUGUUCUUUGCAGCUCGUGUUGUGAAAAGUGCAAGAGAUGCCCGAUCUGCCGUGUAUACGUUGAAGAACGAUUGCUGGUGUAUGAUGAUAGAACAAGGAAUGCUCGGAUAUUUCAAGGGGAGACUUCAUUAGAACUGCAACUGGUUGAAAAGGCAAAGUUAGAAUGGUUGGAGUUUGACAAUAUCAAGUUUGGCAGAGGGCUCUGCAUGGAAAAAGCUGCUUUUGAUGAGAAUCAAGGGAUAGGGGAGCUUGCUCAAGCUGCCUUCUGCUUCUCUCUCAGUGGUCUGGAAAGUACAAGGCUCUGCUUUUUUGACAGCUCAGAGGUGGCAAAUUGGACCAACUCCAGGGAUGCAUCUCAGAUGCAACCAAUGGAGGAUAUUCUGUUUGAAAUUCGAGCUUGCCUAGAGCAGGGUUUGAAGAUGGGCUGGGAAAGAGUGCUUCAGCUGGGAUAUUAA